GACGUCAUCACGAGCGUCCCAACACACUGCUCCCCAACAUGGCGGACUUUGAUACCAUUUACGAGUUAGAAGACGAAGAGGAUGAGCACGUAGUGAGUGAGGAGCAUCUGCCCAGAUACUGUCCGGAGCCUGUGGUGAUGAGAGGAGCAGGACACAUCACAGUGUUUGGACUGAGCAACAAAUUUGAUACAGAGUUUCCCUCUGUUCUCACGGGAAAGGUAGCGCCAGAGGAAUUCAAAACCAGCAUCAGCAGGGUGAAUGCUUGUUUGAAAAAGAACUUGCCUGUGAAUGUGAAGUGGCUUCUUUGCGGCUGCCUGUGUUGUUGCUGUACAGUAGGCUGCAGUCUAUGGCCUGUUAUCUGCCUCAACAAGAGAACAAGACGGUCUAUUCAGAAGUUGUUAGAGUGGGAAAAUAACAGAUUAUACCACAAGCUGGGGCUGCACUGGAAACUCAGCAAAAGAAAAUGUGAAAGCAGUAAUAUGAUGGAAUAUGUGAUUCUUAUAGAAUUUUUACCAAAGUACCCUAUAUUCCGACCAGACUGAGGAGGCUACAAGCUUGGAUUUAUGGCCCUUGAGUCUUGUCCUUAGUGCCUUGUAUAUACAACAUGUUGGAAUAAGGGUCUGCACUGGUGUUUAGUGAUGAUCCUAUACAUUUCCAGUACCUUGUACAUUAGAAUUUGCAACACUGUCACUUUGCUUUAGAGCAGAUUUUGCACAUUUCCUAACAGAAAUAGACAUGUUCCUUUUUGUUGCACUGUUUUUGUUCAAUGUGACAAAUGUUAAAAAAAAAAAGCUAACCCAUAAAGUGCAUUUACUCUAAAACCCCUCAACAAAAGUAGGUCCCAUCAAUUAGAUUAGUAAUUCCUUGCAAAGGAUUUGAUGCCUCCACCUUCCGUAAAUAUCCUUGCCUUAUGUACUGUAUGAUUUCUAAAUGGGUGUAACAGGGAGGAAGGCAUUUGGUAAUUCAGCAAGUCUGUAUUUAAAGGCCAUUUGUUGUUUUGUCAGUUUCAGUCCAGUUCUUCACAGGUGAUUGGAUGAGCAAAAUUGUAUAAUGAACUGUAAUUUUUAAAAAAAUAUAAACAUUCAACCCUCUGUACAUAGGAACUAGGUAACAAAAUAACUUGUAAAUACAUCAGGAUAAGCUAUACAGUGGCAUAUCAUUGUUUACAUAAAAUUACUUAGCUCGUCAGUGUUUUUAUUUUUAUUUUUUGCCAAUAUAUUGCUGUACCAUAGUUUUUGAUGAAUGAAAUACAAUGUCUGUGUACCUUUCUAGUUUAUACGGACCUGUUUUAUCUUGUAAGCCAUAUAGUUACAAUAUACAAGAUGCCAGAGUUAGGACUGAUAUUUGCACUUGAGCCCAAUAAAAAAAGGUCAGUAUUUCAGACUACAAAUGCCCCAGUACUGAAUAUGCAUCUAAGCACGUGAAUUUUGCCAAUAAAAAUGACAGUUAUGUGACGUGUCAUUUGUUAGAACUCCAGAUCGUUGAAUCUGAGCUAUGUAGCUGAAGAAUCAUUUGAACUCUUUACUUCCACUCCUUUAUUUUCACUUUGUCCCACUAUUAAUUUUGUAGCUUCCUGUACUGUUUGCUCAUUCUGGAGUUACAGCAAGCUUAUGCAUAUAACAUUUACAUGUGUAAUUCCAUAGUUUUCAUUCUGUUCAAUGUUUCAUGUUCAAUGUUUCAUCAAAUCUCAUUCAUGAGAUUGUUGCAAUGCAUUAUUAGAGUGCCUCUGGAAUUGUAGGUGAAGUACAGCUUGUAAUGUUCUUGUCCAAAGGAGAUCCUGGAUUCUCCUUUUCAGUAUUGUUGUGACAGUUCUUGUACACGUUUGUCAUGAUGGCCUAACCCUACUAGAGAGAGAAAAUAAAAUGUCAGUUUUGAUUC